AUGAAGACAAGUAAAACCAUUCAGUUUGGAAAGUACUUCAAAUAUAGAUCACAGUUUCCUGUAAAGCAAAGAAUACACAGAGGAGAGAAACCUUCAGAGUGUGGAAAGAAAUUCAAUCAGAAACCUUUUGAAUGCUCAGAGUGUGGGAAGAGAUUUAGUCUGAGUGGCACUCUUCAGUAUCAUCUAAGAACCCACACAGGGGAGAAACCUUUUGAGUGCUCAGAGUGUGGAAAGAGAUUCAGUCAGAGUGGCCAUCUUCAAAAACAUCAGAGAACCCACACAGGAGAGAAACCAUUUGACUGCUCAGAGUGUGGAAAGAGAUUCAGUCAGAGUUCCAGUCUUCAGCGGCAUCAGAGAAUCCACACAGGAGAGAAACCUUUUGAAUGCUCAGAGUGUGGUAAGAGAUUCAGUAUGAGUGGCAGUCUUCAAAAGCAUCAGAGAAUCCACACAGGGGAGAAACCUUUUGAAUGCUCAGUGUGUGGAAUGAGAUUCAAGCAGAGUGGCCAUCUUCAAUACCAUGAAAGAAGCCACACAGGGGAGAAAUGUUUUGAAUGCUCAGAAUGUGGGAAAAGAUUGAGUAGACGUACUCAUCUUCAAAGUCAUCAAAGAAUCCACACAGGGGAGAAACCAUUUGAAUGCUCAGAAUGUGGAAAGAGAUUCACUGAGAGAGGCCAUCUUCAAAAACAUCAGAGGACCCACACAGGGGAGAAACCAUUUGACUGCUCUGAGUGUGGAAAGAGAUUCAGUCAUAGUGCCAGUCUUCAGCGGCAUCAGAGAACCCACACAGGAGAGAAACCUUUUGAAUGCUCAGAGUGUGGAAAGAGAUUCAGUCAGAGUGGCAAUCUUCAAAAGCAUCAGAGAACCCACACAGGAGAGAAACCGUUUGAAUGCUCAGAGUGUGGUAAGAGAUUCAAGUUCAGUGGCAAUCUUCAAAGGCAUCAAAGAACCCACACAGGGGAGAAACCUUUUGAAUGCUCAGAGUGUGGAAAGAGAUUUUGUCAGAGUAGCAAUCUUCAAGGGCAUCAAAGAACUCACACAGGGGAGAAACCUUUUGAAUGCUCAGUGUGUGGAAUGAGAUUCAAGCAGAGUGGCCAUCUUCAAUACCAUGAAAGAAGCCACACGGGAGAAAUGUUUUGA